AUGAGCAAUGGAUGCCAGACAUGUCGACUGGACAUUCUCUGCGAAAACGAUCUCACCGAAGCUUGUGCAGAUCAGUUUAUUCUUGGCUCAUCGCCAAGAGCAUCAAACAAUAGCAUCGAUUACUGGAUAAAGGCUGGAGACAGCUUUCCAUUUCCAACCCAGUCGCAGAUCGAGUUGACCACAUCAGUACAACGAACUUCAGUUCCUGUCGAUGUUCGAGUUCUCUCAAUUGCAGCGGGCGAAAAGAAGCGUCUUACUGUGAGCGGUCUCGACCCGAACGAAGUGUUACGAUAUCCGUCGAUGCGUGGAAAUCCGGUUACCACCAUCACUAACACAGGAUCGACGGUUCACCUUCACCAAUACGACUAG